AUGGCAGUGGUAGAAGAAAAAGCUCUCACAAGUGGAAGAGAAGAUUACACUCAAGAUGGCACGAUGGACCUCAAUGGUAGACCCGUUUUAAGAUCAAAUACUGGAAAAUGGAGAGCUUGUUCCUUCAUAGUUGGGUAUGAAAUGAUUGAAAGAAUGGCAUUCUAUGGGAUAUCAUCAAACUUAGUGAUGUAUCUAACAACGAAGCUCCACGAAGGCACAGUGGAAUCUUCAAACCACGUUACCAAUUGGGUGGGUACAGUGUGGAUUAUGCCAGCUGCUGGGGCUUACAUAGCUGAUGCCUAUCUAGGCCGAUAUUGGACCUUCAUAUUAGCGUCAGCCAUUUACCUUCUAGGAAUGUGUUUGUUGACCCUAGCAGUAUCAGUAGCAGCAUUGAGACCACCACCAUGUGAUCCAGGUAUAGCAAACAAAGAUUGCCAAAGAGCAUCCUCAUUGCAAGUGGGAAUUUUCUUCUUUGCCUUGUACAUCAUUGCAGCAGGCACAGGAGGAACCAAGCCCAACAUUUCUACUAUGGGAGCAGACCAGUUUGAUGAGUUUGAGCCCAAAGAGAGGGCCCAGAAGCUUUCCUUUUAUAAUUGGUGGGUAGUUUAUAUUUUAAUUGGUACCAUUUUUGCCCAAACUGCCUUGGUUUAUAUACAAGACAAGGUGGGCUUUACCCUUGGAUAUGGGAUCCCAACCAUUGGGCUUGCCGUUUCAAUAUUGGUGUUUCUUUUGGGAACUCCACUUUAUAGGCAUAGAUUGCCGUCUGGGAGCCCAUUAACAAGGAUGGUUCAGGUCCUUGUGGCUGCUGUGAGGAAGUGGAAGGUACAUGUCCCAGUUGAUCCUAAAGAGCUACAUGAGCUUAGCACGGAAGAAUAUGCAAGUAAGGGGAGAAACAAAAUUUAUCAUAGCUCUUCAUUAAGCUUCCUUGACAAAGCCGCAGUGAAGACAAGAGAAACAUCACCAUGGAUGCUUAGUACGGUAACCCAAGUUGAGGAAACCAAGCAAAUGAUGAAAAUGAUUCCUAUUUUGAUGACUACAUGCAUUCCAAGCACCAUAGUAGCUCAAACCAGCACACUCUUUAUAAGACAAGGCACCACACUAGACAGGAGAAUGGGACCCCAUUUUCAAAUCCCUCCAGCUUGUCUUAUAGCAUUUGUAAACAUCUUCAUGCUCAUAAGUGUUGUAAUCUAUGACCGUCAUUUUGUUCCCAUCAUGAAGCACUACACAAAGAACCCAAGAGGGAUCUCAUUGUUGCAAAGACUUGGAAUUGGCCUUGUGAUUCACAUCAUUAUAAUGGUCACUGCAUGCUUAGUUGAGAGGAAAAGACUAAGUGUUGCCAGAGAAAACCACCUCUUAGGCCAACCUGAUACAAUUCCUCUCACUAUUUUCAUCCUUCUCCCUCAGUUUGCUUUGACAGGGAUAGCUGAUACCUUUGUUGACGUUGCUAAGAUUGAGUUCUUCUAUGAUCAAGCACCAGCAGCUAUGAAAAGUCUAGGAACAUCGUAUUUCACAACCACCUUGAGCAUUGGAAAUUUUCUUAGUACUUUUGUUCUAUCAACAGUUGCUCAUCUCACCCGGAGACAUGGUCAUAAAGCAUGGAUUUUGGAUAAUCUAAAUGUGUCCCGUUUGGAUUAUUAUUAUGCAUUCUUGGCCAUUUUGAGCGCUAUCAACUUCCUUUGCUUUGUGCUUGUUGCCAAGUUCUUUGUCUAUAAUGAUGAUGUUACACAAACCAAAAUGCACUUGGAUAUGAAACCUGCUUCUUCUCAGAACAACACUGGAAUAAGCCAAAGAACCCCACAACCAGAUUCCCAGUCCUAG